AAGAAAGAAGAAAAUGUCGCAGCCUAUUGUGUGCGCUAACCCUUCGGCUCCUCCGCGCCCACAAGGUGGUAGCGGCGCCAGAGUGAUCGUGGCUCCAAAAUUCUGUGCUCCGUACCCCGUGGAUCUGAAGUUUACGAAGUCAAUGGAUGGUAACUUCAUUAUCAAGGACGGUGAGGGGAACGUGUUGUUCAAGAUGUCGACGCCGAUCCGUGGUCUUAUGACUUUUCACGUCAAGAGGAUCAUAUGGGAUACUUCUGGAACUCCGGUCUUGACUUUGAGACGGAAGAACAUGAGCAUGCAUGACAGGUGGCAAGUAUUUAGCGGAAAGAGUUCGAAGCAGCGUGAUCUGCUGUACACGGUGAAGAGAACGUCAAUGGUGCAGUUGAGCGCCAAACUUGAGGUGUUUUUGGCUCACAAUACGGAAGAGGAGAUAUGCGAUUUCAUAAUCGUAGGGACAUGGAGCGAUCGCUCUUGUGCUGUCUACUCCAGUGAAUCUCCUGACCCUAUCGCCGAAAUGCGCCAGAAGCGCAGGGUGAUGAGUGUUCUCUUUGGAACCCACAAUUACAUAGUGAGGGUUCACCCAAAUGCCGAUUAUGCCUUCAUUGCCUCUCUCGUCCUCAUUCUCGAUUACAUCCUCUGGACUGCUAUCGAUACGAUGCACUUUGCUACAAUGGUGGCGCUGCAUCAUGUGACUCCAGGUGUCCCAACGCUUACGUCUAUAGUUAUUCCCGCUAUCAUCCCUGAAUGAAGACCUCGUUUCACUCCUCUCGUCAUAAAGGAGCAAUCGUUUCAAGGGUACAAGUGAAAUCUUUUCAGAGGUUUCCUUAUUUCGAGCAAGUCUCCCUUUGUAACGUUUCUAUCUUUUAUAUUGUCAUUAAGAUCGGUUCGUACUACGCGCGGAUAUGCUUUAUAUGUGAUAUAUGUAACUAUAUUAUUGUAUAGUUUAUAUUGUAUGUAUUUUAUGUUAGCAUUUGUAAGUGAAGUGUAUAACAAUAUUUAUGGUUUUUAAGAAUUGAGUGUGAAG